CACACACACACACACACACACACAGUCAAAGAUACAAGGGGAUCUCGGCAAAGCGUCUUCACUAUAAGAGUGUCUCUCUUCAGGGGAAUCAUGACUCUGAGAGGACUCGUUGUGUGCCUCUUGUUGUGGAGUUCCGCGAGCAGCAGACGCGUAGAAAUGCCGGAUGAUGACACCGUGUUUGACCUGUUCGAGCUCACUCAUGUCCACAAGAAGCAUCACGGGGUGAGUUUAGUGAAGGGACCCGAUCCAAACAGCCCCGCGUACAAGAUCCUGAACCCGAACCUGAUCCCCUCAGUGCCCGAGCUCUCCUUCAGGGACCUGAUCUACUCCAUCCAGAGCGAGAGAGGCUUCAUCUUCACCGCCAACCUCAAGCAAGCCAAGCGCACUAGGGGCAGCCUGGUCUCAGUGGAGAGGACAGACGGCACCGGAUCCGUCUUUGAGAUCAUCUCCAACGGGAAAGCCAACACCGUGGAUCUGGUGUACUGGACCGCGAGCGGGCAGCAUGUGGUGUCCAUUGAGGACGUGGACGUGGCGAACGGACACUGGAAGAACAUCACGGUGUUUGUGCAGGAGGAUCGAGCUCAGGUCCAUGUGGGCUGCGAGGAGAUCAACACUCAAGAACUCGAUGCUCCGAUCCAGCAGAUCCUGAAUCAGGAGAGCGCGGACAUCUCGAGCCUGAGGAUCGCCAAAGGAGUCGCCAAAUCCGAUCGCUUCAUGGGAGUUCUCCAGAACGUGCGGUUUGUUUUUGGAACGACGCUGGAUGCGAUUUUACGCAACAAAGGAUGCGAGAGCUCAACCUUCAUCACUGAUGUCAUGACCUUGGAAAACCCCGUGAACGGAUCCAGCCCGGCCAUCCGCACUGAUUACACCGGACACAAGUCUAAAGAUCUGCAGGACAUCUGUGGAUUCCCAUGCGACGAUCUGUCGAGCAUGUUUAAGGAGCUCAAGGGACUCGGCAUGGUGGUGAAGCAGUUGUCAAACGAGCUCCGCCAAGUGACAGCAGACAAUAACUUAAUCAUGACUCAGAUUAAAAUCCACGAGGGGGUUUGUCUGCACAAUGGCAUCGUUUACAGAGACAAAGACGAGUGGACGGUGGACAGCUGCACCCACUGCACAUGUCAGAACUCCGCCACUGUGUGCCGUGAAAUCUCUUGUCCUCUCAUGCCCUGUGCCAACGCCACCGUCCCUGAUGGCGAAUGCUGCCCACGCUGUGGAACACCGAACGAUGCGGGUGUGGAUGGCUGGUCGCCCUGGUCGGAAUGGACACACUGUUCGGUGACCUGCGGCAGAGGCAUUCAGCAGCGCGGACGCUCCUGUGACCGAAUCAACAGCAACUGCGACGGCACGUCUGUCCAGACGAGAGAUUGUUACACACAAGAAUGCGACAAACGUUUCAAGCAGGACGGCGGCUGGAGCCAUUGGUCCCCCUGGUCUUCUUGCUCAGUGACGUGUGGCGAGGGCGUCAUCACUCGCAUCCGGUUGUGCAACUCCCCUACACCUCAGAUGGGCGGGAAAGACUGCGAGGGAGAUGGUCGUCAGACUGAACCGUGCCAGAAGGAUCCAUGCCCAGUGAAUGGAGGUUGGGGACCCUGGUCACCAUGGGACUCUUGCUCCGUCACGUGCGGUGGAGGAAUGCAGCGCAGACACCGUCUGUGUAACAGCCCCGCUCCCAAAUAUGGUGGAAAAGAAUGUAUGGGUGACUCCAAAGGCACCCGUUUGUGCAACGCCCAGUCGUGUCCAGUUGAUGGAUGCCUGUCUAACCCGUGCUUCGCCGGCACCAAAUGCACCAGCUUCCCCGAUGGCUCCUGGAAGUGUGGCGAGUGUCCGGUUGGAUACACUGGGGAUGGAGUCCACUGUCAAGACAUUGACGAGUGCAAAGAAGUUCCCGAUGCCUGUUUCGUGCUCAAUGGAGUCCACCAGUGUGUGAACACAGAACCAGGCUACAACUGCCUGCCCUGCCCUCCACGCUACUCUGGACAGCAGCCCUUCGGCAGGGGAACGGAGCAGGCCAUUGCCAAAAAACAGGUCUGCACACCUAGAAACCCAUGCGAGGAUGGCAGCCAUGACUGCAAUAAGAAUGCCAAAUGCAUCUACUUGGGCAUCUUCUCUGACAUCAUGUACCGCUGCGAAUGUAAACCAGGCUAUGCUGGGAACGGUUACAUCUGUGGAGAGGACUCUGACCUUGACGGCUGGCCAAAUACGGACCUGCACUGUGUGGAAAACGCCACCUACCACUGCAAGAAGGACAACUGUCCUGACCUUCCCAACUCUGGUCAAGAAGACUAUGACAAAGAUGGAACUGGAGAUGCUUGUGACAAUGAUGAUGACAAUGAUGGGAUCCCUGAUGACGGGGACAAUUGCCCGUUCAUCUUUAACCCAAGACAGUACGACCAUGACCGCGAUCAAGUUGGUGACAGAUGCGAUAAUUGUCCAUAUGACAGUAAUCCAGAACAGACCGACACCGACAACAACGGCGAGGGUGAUGCGUGUGCUAUUGACAUCGAUGGUGAUGGCAUCCUGAAUGAGAAGGACAACUGUCCAUAUGUGUACAACACUGACCAGAGAGACAGUGACCGAGACGGAGUGGGUGACCACUGUGACAACUGCCCACUGGAGCACAACCCUGACCAGAUCGACUCUGACUCUGACAACAUUGGAGACAAGUGUGACAACAACCAGGACAUCGAUGAGGAUGGCCAUCAGAACAACCUUGACAACUGUCCCUACAUCUCCAACGCCAACCAGGUCGACCACGACAAGGACGGCAAAGGAGAUGCCUGCGAUCACGACGACGACAAUGAUGGCGUGCCUGAUGACAAAGACAACUGCCGACUCGCCUUCAACCCAGAUCAACUGGAUUCGGACGGAGACGGGCGAGGCGACGUUUGCAAGGACGACUUUGACGUCGAUAACGUGCCGGAUAUUUACGACGUUUGCCCGGAGAACUUUGGCAUCAGUGAAACAGACUUCCGUAGGUUCCAAAUGGUUCCUCUCGAUCCCACGGGAACUUCCCAAAUCGACCCCAACUGGGUUGUCCGUCACCAGGGCAAAGAACUUCUGCAGACCGUCAACUGUGAUCCUGGCAUUGCUGUUGGUUAUGAUGAGUUCAAUGCCGUGGACUUUAGCGGCACAUUCUUCAUCAACACAGACCGUGACGACGACUACGCCGGCUUUGUGUUUGGCUACCAAUCCAGCUCACGUUUCUACGUGGUGAUGUGGAAACAGAUCACACAGACCUACUGGUCUCAUACACCCACUAAAGCACAGGGGUACUCUGGACUGUCCAUUAAAGUAGUGAACUCGACCACAGGACCGGGUGAACACCUCAGGAACGCUUUGUGGCACACUGGAGACACCGAGGGACAAGUGCGUACCUUGUGGCAUGAUCCCAAGAACAUUGGCUGGAAGGAUUACACCGCCUACAGAUGGCACCUGAUCCACAGACCCAAAACCGGACACAUCAGAGUCAUUAUGUAUGAAGGCAAGAAAGUCUUGGCUGAUUCAGGAAGCAUCAAUGACAAGACAUAUGCCGGAGGAAGACUUGGCCUCUUUGUCUUCUCUCAAGAGAUGGUUUACUUCUCAGACCUCAAAUACGAAUGCCGAGAUGCAUCUUAAUGGCUCCAUCAGCGUUUUCCUUAUGUAUGUGCCCGCUAUCUGUUCUUUUCUGUCGGUUUAAAUGUGUUCUGUGUUAUAAAACCCUUCUGUGGUGGGAUCGAGGAUCCAAACGUGGAGGCCAAAAACUUUCCAUAUAAGCAAGGACCACAGGAGCAGGUUGAGCAUGAAGAGCCAUCAAUCAUCUCAGCUUGUUUCUUAUCAUGCAAUUGGUAAAGGGAAGUUCUUCUGUAAUGUCAGCUCAGAUCUGCUGUGGACUAUGAUCAUGACAAAAGAGCCACUUAUAAACUGAAGCAAAAGCUUUCCCUCGAUUCUGGUGGGUUCGAGAUCCCACAGGAGGAACUGUUGAGGAGUGACACGCAGCACAGACUGUCUGUUUGACUUUGUGAAAGCGUGUUCUUCUGCAUGGAUUGAGACAUCCAGAUCUUCAGGACUCAUUGAUUCAGGCUUGUUACCCAUUACCCCCCAAAUUCAGCAGUCUUGAUGUCUGUUUUUGAUCAGAUUCAGUCAUCGAUGUUGACAACCCAAGAGUCUUAAUUUCACUGUUUAUAGAGUGGAGUGCUUCUCAGGGCUAGAAGGACCUUUGUGAUUUGCCACUCAAGGAGGAAGUUCAUGUCUUAGAUUAAUACACAGAUGUCCUGAUGAGCUUUUAUAAUCAUUCACAGACUCAAGAGUUUUUGUGGCUCUAAACAAGCGGAAAUGAAAAAGGAAGUUGAGAUGUUACAGAGGGACGGAUAAUAGGCGCACUUGUUUAAUUUAUUUAUUGUGUUGAGAGGAGAUGGAUGUAUGAGAACUCAUCUCAGUGCCACAAAUUACUGAAACUAACAAACAAAGAGAACAACUGGAGUGUUCCCUUCCGUCCGAGAGGAACAGACUGGGGUGAAUGAAUGGUGAACAAAAUAUGAUGUAAACGUACAAAUAUUACCUCACUGGUGUAUAAUUGAACUCAACAAAAAUUGCAAAUUAUAUUUGUGCCAUUUAUAAUUCAGUUCUGUUUUGUUUUAAAGCUACUGUAUGUAGUAAAACAUUAAUUCUGUAAAUAAUAAAAGAAAAAAAACUAAAUUUAUGAGAGGCCCCAGUAGAACAUGAAUGCAAAGUCAAUAUAAAUAGUUAGUGCCUUAAUUAAUGAAUUGUCUUUUUUUUUUUUUUUUAAAUAAGUUAUUGGUAAAGUUGUUUUUUUUCCUGUUUUAAUGUCUUAUGUGUAGAUAUAUGCUAUUUAAUAUAAUUUAUGAGUAACUGUAACCUGACAUUGGAAGUGUUUGUAUAAACUGUUUGCACACUGAUGAGGAUUUUCUUAGUUUUUUAUGUUUAAGGAUGCUUCAGUGUCAGUAUCGUUACUAGUUUUACACAGUAAUGUUGUUUAAUUCUUAUCAAUCCUUUUGUAAAAUCAAAGAACAAUAAAUACAUUUGAGUAAAAAA